AUGGUCCUGCAAGCGAUGACCUUGUUCAUUAUAUCCCUUCAGAACAUCGAUGCUCGUAUCUUAUGGAUGUUGUCUGGCAUCGCUCAGCGCAUUGGGCGGCGCAUUGGCCUACACCGCGAUGGAGACGUGCUCAAGUUACCGCCUUUUGAAGCCGAGAUUUGCAGACGCCUUUGGUGGCAAAUCAGCAUCUUGGAAGGGUUCUUCCAAAAGCUCGCCGGCACAGGAACCGGGGCGAAUGCCCAGGUCCUCAUCGGAGAUGUCAAAUUACCAGUCAAUCUGAACGAUACCGACUUGUUCCCCGGUAUGAAGGAACUACCCAAGGAAUCUGACAGGGCUACUGAGAUGAUGUUCUUCCUAAUUCGGUGCCAUCUUGGCGAGUUCUUCAAGCGCUUUGCUUCUAAGCAGACCGCAUUCGACGGAGUCUGGAGUAAGCUAUCCACGAACACCGUCGACGUAUACACCGAGGAGAAAGCCAUAGAUGAGCUGGAGCAUCUGUUCGAACGUAUGUACCUGCGACACUGCGAUUCAUCGGUUGUUUGCACUUAA